AGGUUCUUUAAGUCCGAAUCGAAUAAACCACCAAAGACCUCUCCUGCGACAGACCAUCCACCUCAGUCCAAACUCAGCACGGACAGCAACUCGAAACCCAGUGCACAGUCCCAGCCAGGGUCUGCCACCUCCACGCCUCGCACAUCGCACCUGGAUCCACACGGUAGUCCGCCCAAUGGGGCGUAUCGCAAGAGCUCUCAGCAAACACCACUGCAGCCACCGCAGAAGGAAGACGGGUCUAUGUGGACGGAUAUCAUGUUUGCACUGAUUGAUGAGAUCUUCGAGCUCAAUUCCCGCAACAAAUGGCUCAGACGCAAAGCUGUGUCGGUUAUGACAGGCGUGCUGCACAGUGUGCAUGGGGCGUCCAUCAACAAAACGAUUCAAGAGAACGUCAACCAGCUGUUUUCCUUGCAACAACUGAAGUACUGCAUCACCGUGCUGCGCGAGUCCUUCUGGCCCAAUGGUAUCCUCGCACCCACACACGUGCGCACGCCGCAAGAGAUAGACGACACGCGCAACGCAGCACAGGAGGCUAUGAUGGCCACCAUCCCUGACGUUGUAGAGGGCAUGGUGGGCAGAUACAACUGCACUAUGGGCUUCACUAAGGUGUUCAACACGCUUCAAAACAAGCAAAUGAACAAGCACUUGGCCUAUGUGUUGGUGGACACUAUGAUCUUAGCCGUUCUGGGUCAUCAACAAGACGCACCAGCACACAGCCAGCAACGCUAGCGUGUCACAGCGACGUGUGAAUGUGAAUGGGCCGUUAAAGUACAGCUGGGCUCAAUAGCAGCCACACUGUGUCAUAACAUGUGUCGCAAUCAAUAAAUAUAACUAUCGCACGUC